UCUACUCUUCAACUUACCAGUAUAAAGUCUUCUCCUUGAGGUCGACCAUUUCCAGAGUCAAAUCAUUCCAAUAAGGUCGUUGGGUUGGAUACUUAGAUCAUCUUCGACUUAACCCAAGAGAGAGUAAUUGAGAUGGAUGCUAGAGCUGUUCUACUUAUCGGCGAGACUGACAAUUACGAUGGCGUUACCGUAACCAUGGAGGAACCAAUGGAUGCUGAGGUUUUCACCGCAAGGCUUAGGGCUUCGCUUUCACAUUGGAGACAAGAGGGGAAAAAGGGGAUUUGGAUAAAGCUACCUCUUGGAUUGGCUAAUCUUGUAGAGCCUGCAGUUAGUGAAGGGUUUAGAUAUCACCACGCAGAGCCUGAGUACUUGAUGCUUGUUUCAUGGAUCUCUAACACCCCUGAUACAAUCCCCGCCAAUGCUUCUCAUAUUGUAGGUGUUGGUGCUUUGGUUCUCAACAAAAACACUAGAGAGGUCCUCGUUGUCCAGGAAAAGAGUGGUUAUUUCAAAGAUAAAAACGUGUGGAAGCUGCCUACUGGUGUUGUCAACGAGGGUGAGGAUAUAUGCACUGGAGUUGUUAGGGAAGUGGAAGAAGAAACUGGUAUUGUUGCAGAUUUUGUGGAAGUGUUGUCUUUCAGGCAAAGCCACAAAGCAUUCUUGAAACAGAAAACGGAUUUGUUCUUCUUGUGUGUCUUAAGUCCACGCGCCUACGAAAUCACUGAACAAAAAUCUGAGAUCUUGCAAGCUAAGUGGAUGCCGAUCAAAGAAUAUGUAGACCAGCCAUGGAACCAGAAGAAGGAAAUGUUCAAGAUCAUGGCUAACAUCUGUCAGAAGAAGUGUGAUGAAGACUAUGUGGGAUUCUCCACUGUGGAAACUGAAACAGGAACUGGUAAAAAGAGCUUUCUCUACUGCAAUGCUGAUCACGCCAAGAGCCUUAAUGCAACGCGUGACCAAGCCUCCUCUUCUCCCUGAUAACAUUAUAUAUGUUGCAUUUUAAGCAAAAAAAAACAUUAUGUUGCAUCUCAAGCAUUUGUGUCUGUCUUCUAUCUUCUUCCAAUGCAUCCUUUUGCUGUCUUUUAAUCUAUUUUCAGUUAUUACUCUCCAAAAUAUCUAAACGUUAAACCGGUUUUAACUCCCAGCUUUAUAUUUCAUGUUAU